GACCACCCCAUACCCCGGGUCUUCCAGAACCGCUUCUCCACACAGUAUCGCUGCUUCUCCGUGUCCAUGUUAGCAGGGCCUAAUGACAGUUAUUAUGCCGCCCUCAGCCCUCGAUCAACUCAGCCGCCUUAACAUUACUUACCCCAUGCUGUUCAAACUGACCAACAAGAACUCAGACCGCAUGACCCACUGCGGUGUGCUGGAGUUUGUGGCCGACGAAGGCAUCUGCUACCUCCCACAUUGGAUGAUGCAGAAUUUGCUGUUGGAAGAAGGAGGCCUGGUUCAGGUGGAGAGUGUCAACCUUCAAGUAGCCACAUACUCUAAAUUCCAGCCUCAGAGCCCUGAUUUCCUGGACAUAACCAACCCCAAAGCAGUAUUAGAAAACGCUUUGAGAAACUUUGCCUGUUUGACCACCGGGGAUGUUAUUGCCAUCAACUACAAUGAGAAGAUCUAUGAACUUCGGGUGAUGGAGACCAAGCCAGACAAGGCCGUGUCCAUCAUUGAAUGCGACAUGAAUGUAGACUUUGAUGCUCCGCUGGGCUACAAAGAACCUGAAAGACAGGUCCAGCAUGAGGAAUCAACCGAGGGUGAAGCUGACCAAAGUGGCUAUGCAGGAGAGCUCGGCUUCCGUGCCUUCUCUGGCUCCGGGAACAGAUUAGAUGGGAAGAAGAAAGGUGUGGAGCCCAGCCCCUCCCCAAUCAAGCCUGGAGACAUUAAAAGAGGAAUUCCCAAUUAUGAAUUUAAACUUGGUAAGAUCACUUUCAUCAGAAAUUCACGACCACUGGUCAAAAAGGUUGAAGAGGAUGAAGCUGGAGGCAGAUUCGUUGCUUUCUCUGGAGAAGGACAGUCCUUGCGUAAAAAAGGAAGAAAGCCAUAAAUUGGGACAGUUGGCUGACUGGCAAAUAAAAGAAUCAGUUGCAACAUUAUGGCUUUUAGUUACUGGUUCUGAUGGGAAUAAGACUCUGAGGAUGCUUUGCUACUUUAGGUUUGCUUUCAGAUGAGGUUUGCUUACAGAUGCCUAAGAAUUAUGUUUGACUUGGAAGUAGAUCAGCAAGACUUGACAGUUGCGUGCUUGGAAAAGAGAAAGCAGUCUCAUAUCUCAGAGGUGGCUCCUCCUUGCCACUUCUUUUCAGCUCUGGGGGCACUCUCACUGCUUAAGCAGAAACUGAUUUCCCUAAUUCUUGAUAAAAAUCUGGAGCUUGAGGUGUUCUACCCCCCCCCCCCCCCUUUUACCCUUUUCCCAUGUCUGUAGCUUAGCUGUUGUCUUUGGCAUAAGGGAAAUAAUGGUUGAAACAGAAAAAAUGGUCUAAACAUUUAUUCUAUAAGUAGUGUUAAUCCUGUUACUAUGGCUGCAAUUUAAAUAGUUAAGGGAGGGUGUUUCUAUUUUUACUUGACAUACUGAUUCCCCCUCCUCCCCAGGAGGACUAUUCCUCAAAAGGAAAACCUUAUCUGAAUGUGUUUCCACUUAAACUUUAAUUUUAUAUGGAAAUUACUUGCUGCUUAAUGAAUCUGUUUCACGGUAAAAACUUUGUGGUGAAGCACAAAUGUUAAUAUUAGAAUUAUUAAGUGCUAAAGAUACGUUCCUCUUUCUCCUUCCCCACCCCCACCACAAUUUUAAUGUAUUAAAUUAUCCAAGUUCUGCUGACCUGUCCUUGUUUUUUACUAGUGUUAAUUUGAUCUCAGGUUUUCACUUUCUAUGAGAUCUUUUGACAUUAAUACUUGUCUCAUGUUUAAUCUCUUGUGUCUUGAAAUAAAAAAUAGGCAAUGACUAAAACUUGGAUUGCCUCUAAAUGUUUGAUUGAGCACCAACAUGGAUUGGUGGAGGGGCCACCAAACAACAUUUGGAAGAAGGCCUGCUUUGCAAGUUCCCCUGGUUCCAUCCAUCCAAAAGAAAUGAGCUCCUCUGGGCCUCCCUGAUGGCACAUCCGAUUGAGUGCAGCACUCUGUGGAAGCGCAGCUAGCUAUCCACAGCCACUGCAGCACCAGUUGUAUCCCUAGCCAGGGAAGUGACCCAUAUGGUAUGAUAGACCUC